AUGUCGUGGAAACUCACUAGAAAACUUAAGGAGACGCACCUUGCUCCUUUGACCCAAACGUUCACCCGAUCCUCCUCCACAUCUACCAUCAAAGGUGAUUCUGGCGAAGAAACCCCUGUUGUCUCGCAACCCCCGAGCAUCUCUACAACCAACUCCAAUGGAAUCAAUGCCUCGGAGUCGCUCGUCUCGCCGCCCGUGGCCCCUGUCAAGCCCGGGAUCUUGAUCGUCACCCUCCACGAAGGGCGAAGCUUCUCCCUUUCCCCUCAUUACCAACAGAUCUUCAACUCGCAUUUCCAAACCAACAGUUCAUAUGGCAUGCGUCCAAGCUCCUCGUCAUCCCACUCCGCGCACGGCCAGGCCGCCUCCUUCGUACAAAGCGGCCGUCCUCAGUCGACCAGUGGAGGGAUCAAUGCCGCUCCCACCAUUCACGGUCGGUAUUCGACCAAGUACCUUCCCUACGCACUUUUGGAUUUUGAGAAGAACCAAGUCUUCGUCGACGCCGUUUCAGGGUCGCCCGAGAAUCCCCUGUGGGCCGGAGACAACACCGCUUAUAAAUUUGACGUGUCGCGCAAGACGGAAUUGAAUGUUCAGCUUUAUCUCCGGAACCCGGCAGCCCGGCCCGGUGCUGGUCGCAGCGAGGAUAUCUUCCUUGGAGCUGUCAAGGUGCAACCCCGCUUCGAAGAGGCCCAGCUACAUGCGGAAGACCCCAAGUCUAAGAAGGCGCCACAAGAGCGCCAGCUGGGCCAGCUUGGCGCCGAAUGGCUAGAUCUUCAGUUCGGCACCGGCUCCAUCAAGAUCGGUGUCUCGUUCGUCGAGAAUAAGCAACGCAGCAUGAAGCUGGAGGACUUCGAUUUGCUAAAGGUGGUGGGUAAGGGUAGUUUCGGCAAGGUCAUGCAGGUCAUGAAGAAGGAUACGGGUCGAAUCUACGCCCUCAAGACUAUCCGCAAAGCGCACAUUAUCUCACGGUCGGAAGUCACCCACACCCUUGCUGAAAGAUCCGUGCUUUCUCAGAUCAACAACCCCUUCAUUGUCCCCCUGAAGUUUUCCUUCCAGUCCCCGGAGAAGUUGUACCUCGUUCUCGCAUUCGUAAACGGCGGUGAGUUGUUCCACCACCUUCAGCGCGAGCAGCGCUUCGAUAUCAACCGUGCCCGUUUCUAUACUGCUGAGCUGCUCUGUGCACUGGAGUGUCUGCAUGGCUUCAAGGUCAUCUACCGUGAUCUCAAGCCGGAGAACAUCCUCUUGGAUUACACUGGCCACAUUGCUCUUUGUGACUUCGGUCUGUGCAAACUGGACAUGAAGGAUGAAGACCGGACAAACACUUUCUGUGGCACCCCUGAAUACCUUGCACCCGAACUUCUGCUCGGAAAUGGGUACACAAAGACCGUUGAUUGGUGGACGCUGGGUGUUCUCCUUUAUGAGAUGCUCACAGGCCUUCCCCCGUUCUAUGAUGAGAACACCAACGAUAUGUACCGGAAGAUCCUUCAGGAGCCCCUGACCUUCCCCAGUACCGACAUCGUUCCCCCGGCCGCUCGCGAUCUGCUGACCCGACUGCUUGACCGCGACCCACAACGUCGGUUGGGAGCCAACGGUGCAGCGGAGAUCAAGUCGCAUCACUUCUUCGCCAACAUUGAUUGGCGCAAGCUGCUUCAGAGGAAGUACGAGCCAAGCUUCCGUCCGAACGUGAUGGGCGCUCGCGACAUUACCAACUUUGACCGGGAGUUCACCAGCGAAGCCCCACAAGAUUCAUAUGUGGACGGACCAGUCCUGUCGCAGACUAUGCAGCAACAGUUCGAAGGCUGGUCCUAUAACCGGCCAGUUGCCGGCCUCGGGGAUGCUGGUGGCAGUGUGAAGGACCCAUCUUUUGGUAGCAUCACUGAGUAA